CGCAUUUUGUUUACAUUUCCUCGAAACGCUCCCGUGCACGGUCGAGGCGACUCGCUGCGUCUCCAUUUUGGAGCGUCACUCGCAUCAUUCCAUCAUUCUGUGCCAUUCCAAACCCACCUCCAUCUCAUCCCACACCCAUGUGCCAUGGCUUCCGAGUAUCCAAAUUUCCACCCGAACAAAUGCAACGUAUGCUUCCUGGAAUCUCCCAUCGCCAAACCGUCCGUCCCGGCCGCGGGCCCGCUGCUGCUGUGCAAGAAGUGCAAGCUGAUCAAGUACUGCAGCAAAAAGCACCAAACGUACGAUGCACCCUCGCACAAAGAGUUCUGCACGGCCGUCCAGUCGGUGCUGCAGAAAAGUGGCACCGACCAUGUGCUGCGCUGUGCGGAAUCGUUUCUGGGCCAGCGGUUUAACAGCAAUCCCGAAAAUUUGAUCGCAUUCAUGAAUCACGUCCACUGUACCGGUUUGCUGAUCUCGAAAAUCCUGCAACGCCCGCUGUACCAUCACGAGAACCAGAUGCUGAGCUUUCCGGCGCUGUGCAACGUCUGCCUGGAGUAUCGGGCGGAAAGGCUGUUCUUUUGCGACAACUGCCAGCAGGUGGCGUACUGUAGCGAGGAGCAUCAGCAGAGCGAUCGUGAGGCACAUGCCAAGUGGUGCGACGGAUUGCGUCUUAACUUUUACUACGGUACAGACACUACAAACUGUGCGAAAAAUCUGUACCCCAACUUUGACUUUGAGCAAGAUGAAAAAUUCCAAAAGCCCUUCCCGAAGGACACAUUCGAGCUGCUGAGCGCUGCAGCGGGGUGCGACAUUCAAACCAGCCUCACCGAACCCGGCCUCGAGCUGGCCCAGGAGCUCGAAAACAUCAACGCUGCGGGAAUAUUUUCCCCCGUCGGGACGCUCCUGCACGUGCUCCGCACCGUUGGUCUGCAGCACGAGCUACAGGAAGAGCUGAACGUGUUUGUGCUCGGUGCGGAGGAAGACUACCUGUGCUUUAACCCUGUCACCGAGGCGGUCCUCUUCCGCUUUCUGCCGAAAUUACGCCGACUGCGCCUGUACCUCAUCGGCCCCAACGUAAACGACGCGGCAAGCAGCGUGAUGCACUUCAUGAACAAUCGCACGGUAGAGGUGGAGGUGUACCGGUACCUGUUCCACAAGCUGCCGCCACAGUUCAAACUCCCAAAGCCGCACCUUGCCGUGGCUUUCAACUGUGGGUUUAACGAGUUCUUCGGCACGGGCAAACACACCUGGGACGAAACGAUACGCCAGCUGCUGACCAUUCCGAACGUGCCGCUCGCGUUCACUUCCUACACGCAGCGGGAAGCCAUAGACGAUGCGGCGAUCGUGGAUCUCACCGGGCAAACCUUGCCGGCCACGUGCGGUAAGCUGGUGUUCAUGAGACGCAACGUAACCAAUCCAUUCCACAACCCGGUCCCGAUGCGCAACCCAAACAGGGACGAUAAAACCGACGUACUGUAUUAUGAAAAUGGGUACCUGUCCAUCUGCGUGAUGCAGGCGGAUUAAGGGACGAUGGGGGUCUUUUACGGGCCGUAACCCGUAUUUUACUCUUUUGAGACGAAACAAGGUUCUAGCUUUUAUUUACACACACACACAAACACUGAACGCCAUUUUUAAAAACCUAGAAGACGAAGGUGAAACAAAUUUCACGCGACACUACACACUUCCCUUCCGUCGGUCUUUGAUAUGCCAUAUAUCUGCCAUUUUACCUUGGCGGUAUGUAUUUUUUUUUUUAAUUUAGAACUAAUAAUGAACUUUUCACGAAUUUAUAACUAACACAUCACAACCAAUAAAGUACAAUGAGUAGAAUA